UACUACUUAUACACGAAACCGUUUCUCACCUCAACUUCAAAUAUCACUACUGCCAGUACUCUCUAUUUCUUCCACGAUUUAUAAAAGGGGAUAUCAGUCCUAUUAAGUGUUGUAUCAUUUCAUCGAUCCAAAGAUCAGUAUCGGUGAGAUCUGUUUGUCCUAUAUGAAAUGGUAUCAAUAUUUAGUAGAACUGGUAUCCCCUUUAUAAAUCAUGCUUUCUUCUUCGCUCCCAAAAUCAAAAGUCGAAUUCAGAGAUAAAAACAGUGAGCGGAAAUGUCAUUGAGACCACCGACUACGCUGUUAGGAGUCGGAAAGGAGGGAGAUGAUGAUGAGGAAGAAAAGGACUCGAAUAUGUAAAUAUGCGUAGUACAAGGGACUGCUAGUCGACUAUAAGAAAUACAAGGGACUGCUAGUCGACUAUAAGAAAAUAAGAUAUAAAAAGUAAGGACAUGAUUUUGAACUAAUAAAAUGCCCAGACCCAGUUUUGUCUGUUUGCUUUUUCGUUCCCAAAUUAGUACUACCUAUACACGAAACCGUUUCCCACCGCCACUACUACAAAUAUUAGAUUUCAGUACCACUAGUAUUCUCUCUUUCUUCUUCACUCUGUAAAUCAAAACUCGAGUUCAGAGAUAGAGAGAAACAGUGAGCGAAAAUGCCAUUGAGACCACCAACUACGCCGUUAGGAGUCGGAAGGAGGGAGAUGAUGAUGAGGAAGAACUCGUACAAAAGUGGAAUGGAUAUUGAUGGCGGAAGAAGAAGAAGAGAAGAGAAUUUGGUUGAGAUCCGGAAGAACAAAAGAGAAGAUAAUCUUAACAAGAAACGAAGACAACAACAACCUUCUCUUCUUACCGCUUCUGGUUUUGAUGGUAAUCAACAACGAUAUGAAGAACAAUUUGCUGGUUUCUCUGAAUCUGACCAGCUGAAUAUUAUUCGGGCAAUGGUAGGAGAAUUAUGGUCUGUUUAUCCAGAAUCACAGUUGGAGUCGACUACUAAAUUCAGGAAGCUUUUAUCUCUUGCGCGUGACCCACCGAUUGAUAAGGUAAUUAAAGCUGGUGUUGUCCGACGAUUCGUAGGAUUUCUUGCAAGGAAUGAUCUUCCUCAACUCCAGUUUGAGGCAGCAUGGGCUUUGACGAAUAUCGCGGCAGGCACAUCAGAGCAUACACAAGUUGUGAUUCAACAUAGUGCUGUUCCAAAGCUUGUGCAACUUCUUAGCUCUGGAAAUGCUGAUGUUCGUGAACAGGCUCUGUGGGCUUUGGGUAACGUCGCUGGUGACUCGCCAGGCUGUAGAGAUUAUGUUCUUUCUCAGGGUGCACUGGUGCCACUGCUGUCUCAGUUUAGUAAGCACUCAAAAGAAUCUAUGUUGAGGACUGCUACGUGGACUUUAUCCAACUUAUGUCGUGGCGAGACAGCAGUAUCAUUUGAGCAGGUCAAGCUUGCUUUGCCAGUUCUUCAGCACCUUAUACACUCAAGUGAUGAAGAAAUUCUUACAGAUGCUUGCUGGGCGCUGUCGCAUAUCUCUAAGGACAGAAUCGAGGCUCUGAUUGAGGCUGGAGUCUGUUCACGACUUGUGAAUCUUUUGCUUCAUCCAUCUCCUUCAGUUUGUACACCAUCUCUUCGAACCAUUGGAAACAUUGUUACAGGGAAUGAUGAACAGACUCAGGUGUUGAUUGACUACCAAGUGCUUUCUUGUUUCCAUCAAUUUCUGACUCAAAAUUACAGUAAGAACAUUAAGAGAGAAACCUGUUGGGCCAUCUCAAAUAUCACUGCCGGAAAUGUUGAUCAGAUACAGGCUGUUAUUGAAGCUAAUAUCGUUGGACCUGUAUUGCAUCUUCUCCGGCAUGCAGAGUUUGAGAUCAAGAAGGAAGCUGCAUGGGCUAUUGCCAAUGCUUUGUACGGAGCAGUUAAUGAGCAGAUCAGAUAUCUGGUAGAGCAAGGAUGCAUAAGCCCACUCUGCAAUCUUUUGACAUGCCCGGACCCUAAGAUUGUGAUGAUAUGCCUAGAAGGCCUUGAGAACAUCCUGAAGGUUGGUGAAUCUGAUAAAGAGUCGGGAAAGACUAAUGGAGACAAUAUCUAUGCAGAGAUGAUUGAUGAAUGUGAAGGUUUGGAUAAGAUCGAAGCUCUACAAAGCCAUGACAACAAUGAUAUCUACGAAAAAUCUGUCUAUAUCCUAGAGACAUACUGGGGUUCGGUUUCGGAGGAGGAAGAUGAGGAAGAUUAUGUUCAAGACAGAUUUGAUUUUGGGACAUUCCCCGAACCUCUUCCACACAGCAUCGAUUCUCCACCUGGCUUCUUUAUUAGGAAACAUGCAGUCUAGUAAGCGUAUCGUAUUUUUGUAAUUUUCGUACAGUUUUUCCUCGGUAACAUAUUUGGCCGACUGUGGUUCGCUUAUCUUACAGCUAUAUCUGUGCUAAUUUUUCGAUUCA